CGUUUGUCACUCUACGCUCGGACAGGGAAGCUAGGCAGGCAGCGAAAGAGCGAAAGAUAGGACGCGCGCACGCGCUCGAGAGAGAGAUGGAUAGACAGACAGGGCGAUGCGAGGGGGGAGGAGGGAGGGGGCUCGUGUGGGUCAGUUGGUGGGUCGGUCGGUCGGUCAGGUCAUGAUGGUGGCCUGACCAAAGUGGGGGUAGCUGGGGUAUGCCUGGGGAGCACUGAUACACACAUGCACACACAUACAGCCAUGAGUGUGCUGUGCUGAUGUCAUCCGUCCAUCCAACCAUCCAUCGAUGACCGACCUACCUUUGUUCAGCGGUCAUUUGGUCGUAUCGUGACGUCUUGAAGGACACCUGCAGCUGCCGGCCGCCCAGGUAGAAGCCAUUCAUGUGCUCCAAGGCAAAAGACGCCUCCUGAAACGUCGCCAUCGUCACAAACCCGUAGCCUGCAUUAAAACGUGUCAGUCAGCACAAGCACACAUCGGGCGGGACAUAUUGCGGCGCGAUUGCGUGCGUACCUUUGCCCUUGUUGGUGGUCCUGUCCCUGAUGACGUCGACGCGGGUCACGCGGCCGAAGGGGCCGAACAACGACAGUAAACCCUUCUCGUCCAUAUAAGGACCUGACCACACACACACACACAGACACACACACACCAAGAAUGAUUCAUCCCCUCAUCACCCAGCCAUGCCCGUGCAGCAAGCAAGCACACAUACCGAUGUUGUAGACGAACAGCACGGGGCUCUGCGGGCUGGCGGGCGGGGAGGCAGCGGGCGGCCCCCGCGGCCUCAGUGCCACAAAGCCAGCACUGGGCGGCGGCGCGCCCUGCGCGUGGUGUGGGUGGGCGGGGUGUGCCGGGUACGGCUGCGCCUGUGGUGUGAUGAAGGCCCCCGGCACCGCUGUGUGCCUGGGGUGGGGCUGUGCGUGGGUGCGUGGGUCGAAUGACGAGACGCCGUAGGGUGGGAGGGUGGCUGCGGGCCGGUGGGCCACCGGGUGUGAGUGAGAGGGGCCGCCGGCAGAGAGGGGGUAGCCGUAGGGGUUGGGGGGGCGCUGGCCUCUCAGGUUGUUGGCGGCCGCACGCUGAUCAGCGAACUUGACCAUCAGCGGCUCAGUCCAACCCUACACACACACAUACACAUCCAACUAUCAGCCUCGCCCUUUGCUCUGUGUGUGAUUGAGUGUGCGGUGCGCACCGCGGGCGUGACCCCAUUGAGGUUCUGUAUGGCGUCCGACGCCUCCUUCCUGAGGUUGUACCUCACGAACCCCGUGCGGGUCUUCUUGAUGUCCCCCAGGCCUCCCGGCUGCCCAGGUGCCGACCCGUCCCUGUUGUCGGUGAGUAUCUUGGUCUGAAUGAUGGUGCCGUAGCGGCCGAAGAUGGACCGCAGCUUGUCUUCGUCAGUGUCGGCCGGAAGGUUGCGGAUGUACAGAUUCGCACCCUUGAUGGCGUCGCUCUGUGGACGCGCGUGGCUCACCUGAGCGAUAGCACAGGGACACACACACAGAGAGAGAGAGAGAGCCCACAGAGAGGGAGAUGCGUGUGAUAAGGGGAGAGAGGGCCGAGUGUCAGGUAGGUAGGUCGGUCGGUCAUUCGUUACGUACCUUGAUGUAUUUGUUUUCGAUUUGCAUUCCGUUGAAUUUUUCGAUGGCCCUGUCAGCGUCCUCCGACGUGUAGAAGUUGACGAAUCCGAAGCCGUAGCUGUAGCCGGUCGCCCGGUUGACGACCAGCUUGCAGCUCUCCACCGGCCCCACCGAACUAAACAUGUUCCGCAGCUUGUCCUCCGUCACGUUCUGAGGCAAAUAGUUGAUGAUCAACUGAACGAAUGAAUGAACCACACACACACACACACAGACAGACACAGAGAGAGAGAGGAGAGAGAUUGGUUGUCUCGUCUCAUGACCGAUAGACAGAUGGAUCCCUCCCUCGGUGUGUGUCGGUCGCCUUGUGUGCGUGUGUUGUCUGUGUACCUUGGUUUUGCUUGUCUCGAUGCCCCCGUCGCUCCCCUGUGUGCCCUCUCCCCCACCUCCCGCCCCCUGCUGCUGUGCAUGUCCUGCAUGCCCCCCCUCCUCGCCCUCCUUCCCGUUGGUCUUGUAGCGGUCCUCCACUACCUCCCCGCCGUCAGGGAACCCCUCCGUCGGCUGUGUGCUCACGGGCGCCGUCGUGAGCGCGUCGUCUGAGCCACCAGCAGUGCCGUUGAGCUGCCCGCCCGCACUGACAGAUCCGCCAGCCUCCAACUCGGGCGGCGUCUCGCCGGACGGCUCUCCGUGGCCGUUGAUAGAUUGAAUCUCCGCGCAGGGUGGUUCCGCCAGUGGCUGCUGCUGCGCGCCCUGCGCCGAGCUGUCGGCUGCUUGGUGCGUGGUGGUGCUGGCGUGGUAGGUGGUGGAUGAGGUAUCCAUCAGUCAGUCAGCUGUCAGUCACUGUGUGGGGAGGGGGGUAGCAAGGGCGCAGCACGAGACCACCUCAACGCGGACAAGGAGAGACGUGCCGGCGGG